AUGAAUGAUACAGAGGUUCCCAGCAUGGUCCAGGUCCAUUUAUCUAUCAGAGUUCUGCUGACUGUGCUGCCAAGCCUCAUUUUCUUGUCCAUUAACAGCAUCAUGCUGUUUGCCUUGGUAAAAAAGCCCCUGUUUCUGGAGUCACCUCGUUACAUCCUGUUCGGACAUUUGCUUUUAUCUGACUCCCUCCAGCUUCUACUGACGACGCUGCUGUACAUAUUUGCUUUGACGAUGGUCAGAAUUAUCACAUGCAUUUGCGUUAUUGUCACCCAGCUUGCAGCUAUCACUGUGAAGAUGUCCCCCAUUAACCUGGCUCUCAUGUCUUUGGAGAGAUAUGUUGCCAUUUGUUUCCCUCUGAGGCAUGCCACCAUUGCAACCUCCAAGGCGAUGAGUGUAGCCAUCGCUGUCAUGUGGACUGUGGCCUCUGUAGACUCUUUUGCCCAUCUUUUUCUGUUUUUCAGUUUCAGUAACAGAAGCCUUGCCGCUCAACAGAUCUGCAAGAAAAGAAGCAUAUUUCAGCUGCCUGUUUAUGUGAUUUUAAACCGGGUUUUCACAGUUGUAAAUUUUGUCCUGGUUACAGUCAUUAUCAUUUACACAUAUGUUGCAAUCAUGAUCGCUGUGAAGUACAGCUCUUCUUGUACUCACAGGGCCAAAAUAGCUCAAAAAACUGUGCUCCUACAUGCGCUUCAGCUGUUUCUGUAUCUCAUCUCCACUUUUUUUUACACAAUAAACUCCAGUGAACUAUUUAACUCAGAUCCAGCUUUUGCUCUUUAUAUCAAGCAAGUGCUCUUUUUAGGUCUAAUAAUUUUCCCCAAAUUUUUGAGCCCACUCAUAUAUGGUCUUAGAGAUCAGACACUGAGACAAGUCUUCAAAUACUCUUUUACCUUUGGUUACAAAUCUUCAGUAGAGCCAUAUACCAACCCUUGA